UUGCCGAGGGGUGCUUUUAUUAUUAAUGAAGUGGUAGCCAUAUUCUGAGUGUAACGUAACACCUCAGGCAUUAUUGUUUCUGAUAGUCUAGUAGAUACUUAACUGGUUAGAUAAAACCAUGAGUUAUAUAUUGGUCUCUGAAGAUGAAAAUGACGAAUCUAUUGAGUUACCGUGUGAAGAAGAUGGAACUCUACUUUUAUCUACGUUGUCUGCUCAAUAUCCAGGGGCUUCAGGAUUAAAAUACCGUAAUCCGGAUUCUGGUGCUUUGCGUGGGGUACGACUUGUGGAAGGAAGAUUUUAUCCUCCUGAUGCUGGAUGGGGAAAUCAUGUAUACAUUUGUGUAUUUCCAAAAGUGGAAAACAAGCGCAAGUCAGAUGAGCAACUGGAAAAUAGCACAGCUAAAACAAAGAGAAUGGAGAAUAGACCCAAGUGUUCAGACCUUAUUGUUCUUGGCUUACCAUGGAAAACUACAGAACAAGAUCUACGGCAGUAUUUUGAAGCAUAUGGUGAAGUGUUAAUGGCACAGGUUAAAAAAGAUCCAAAAACUGGUCAGUCGAAAGGAUUUGGUUUCAUGCGAUUUGGGAAUUACGAAUCUCAGGUUCGUGUAUUAUCAAAACGUCAUAUGAUUGAUGGAAGAUGGUGUGAUGUGAAGAUACCAAACUCAAAGCAGGAGAGCCAAGCAACAGAACUCAGUAGGAAGGUAUUUGUUGGUCGCUGUACUGAGGACCUUACGGCAGAUGAUCUCCGCGAGUAUUUCUCCAAGUAUGGUGAGGUAACUGAUGUAUUCAUCCCCAAACCAUUCCGGGCCUUUGCCUUUGUGACCUUCAUGGACCCAGAGGUGGCCCAAAGCCUGUGUGGGGAGGAUCAUAUUGUUAAAGGCACUAGCAUUCAUGUCAGUAAUGCUGUGCCUAAGAAUGAAUCUGGAGGUCACCAUGGACGUAUGCAUGGAAGAAUGGAUGGUAGAGGGGGUCAUGGUGGGAUGGGCGGCCCACCCAUGGGGGGAUUCGGGAGUGGUCCAGGGCCAAAUGGUCCUUUUGCUGGUGCUCAGAUGCCCCACCAUGGAAAUAUGGGGAGUGGUGGUGGUGGUGGCAACAUGUGGAACCAAGGAAAUGGUGGUGGAGGAAAUCGUGGUGGAGAUAUACCUAACUUAGCAGCUCUUGGAAAUAGUUUGGGCUUAGGAACUUUGGGAAUUGGGGGCAACCAUCCUGGAGGGCAGGGAAACACUGGUGGCCAGGGGGGAGUCAAUGCUGCUCCUCCUACACUUAGUAUGGGUGCACUAAAUCUUGGAGCAGCUUUGCCUCUGAGUUCAGCUAUGGUUGCAGCAGCCCUAGGGCAAGCAGGCCUUGGGUUGUUUGGAGGGAAUUUCCAGUCAGCAGCACUUAGUCAAGCAGAAAAUCAAGGAAUGGCAAAUCCCCAGAAUCCACAUAUUCCCAAUACAACAUCAACACCAUCACUUGGUGGGGGAAAUGCUCAAAGAUCUGGAUUUUUAGAAUGGAUGAAUCAAACCCAGGGUUCGGGGGAUGCAAAUAACAGCAAUCAAGGUCCCUGGCCUCAGCGAGAUGUUAAACAAGGGUUUGGAAUGUCAGUGUCUCCUUGAAUGUAAAAGUGAUGGUGUCUGAAUGGGGACAGUGUGUGUGGAUGAAGCAUUAAGAUAUCAGAAGUAUUAUUUGCUGAAUGAAGGUGCAUAUGUGAACGUAAGGAUUUAUCUUAAAGUAAAUGUUCUUGUUUUAUUGUUUACCUUCCGAAUAAUUAUCUUUAUCUUGUAAACACCAUAACUGUUCUUGAUUUUAGCUUAUCACUGAUUUAUCAUAUCAGGAUUUUUAUCAAACGUAUAGAAAAUAUAUUCAUUAAACUAUACUGAACAGCGAUCCACCCUUUUUAUUAUUAUAAACAGAAAGAAUCCAUGCUAAGCAAUUUUUUAUACUUUUUUUAAUCUCCAAUAUUUUUUGCAGUAAACUAAUUAUCAGAAAUCAUCUAAUUUUGCAAUUAGACAACCAUAUCUGUCAUGGGUAAGUUUCAUUAUGCUUCAGUAUUUUCUGAAUCAGAUAAUUAAACUUAUGAUAAACUUUCACUAUGUUAUUGUCAUGUGCAGCUGUGCAUAAUGUGUGGGUAACUUUAUUAGUUGUUAACAAAGUACAGUAGUUUUCUUUAUAAUAUUCAAGUCAAGUUGGACAGAAUUUUCAUAAGAGCUUUUAACUUUUAAUUUUGUAAUCUGGUGAAUGAAACUUGUGUUGAAAAAAUGCCUUUAGUAAUUUAAUGUGAUAUGAAAUAUGUAUAAGGUCUGUUAAGUAGACUAGAUUUAACAGAGGGACUAUGCUAUUGAAUACUUUGGUAUGAGUAAGAAAUAUUGGAAUAAAAAGCAGUAACAGUCCAUUUCUGAAUAUUUUAAGUGCACAAUUUGCCAAUAACAGUAUACACGUAAAGGAUAUUUUGAGGAAGAAUGAGUGUUGUCUGGGUUUAGAUUUUCUAAAAAUGAUUAUAAUUUGUAAUGCAUAAGUGUUAUGUUCUAUAAAAUGCAGUUUAAUUGUAUACUUAGAAUGUAGUUGAAAAGUAGUUUACAUGUCUUUACGUUUUUUAUUAUGUGUAAUGUUUAGAAUUCAUUUUGUUCUUUGCACUUAACUGUAAGAAGAAAUUUUUCUGUGAAGAGUGUUUAAUGUUGCAGUACAUUAUGUGGGUUUUACUGACUCACUUAUGCCAGUACCAGCUGAGAAUCAAUAAAUUUUUCUGUGAAGUGUAAUCUUUAAAAGAGAAAGAUGGUGGAAAAUAUCAGAUCAUGCUGGUGGGAAUCAUGCAUUUAAUUAUGUGUUGCUUCGUGAGCAUUCAUAACUAUAUCAUUUGCUCUAAAUGAUAUUUCAUGAAAUUAAUUUUGCUUUUAAAGCAAAUGCAAAUUGUAUUACACUGUACAGUGAAAUGGAAACUAUUGUGCAGUUAUGAAGUCCAUAUACAUUUCUGAUAAUCUCACAAUUCCCAGUACAAAGAUGAUGAACCAGAGCUUUGUAGGUUCAUUGUUAUUGAAGAUUAUCAUUUUACAUGAGUGAAUGACGAAGCAAUAUAGAAAUGCUGAAUUUUUUUUUCUUCUAUUAUUGUUGAGAAAGAGCUUAGGAUUUUGUCUAUUAAAAUAAAGCAAAUAUUGUAACUAAUAACUAGGCUUUUAAUGAAAUGUAUGAUCAGAUACAAAAUAGAAAAACAAAAAAAUAUUGUUCAUUUUAAGAACCUUUCCACGAGUAUGAACUUAAAAUAAAUUUUACAACAAAACAAACACUACUGACAGAAGAAUUGUAUUUGAAAAAUCAUCACAAAUAUGCACAUAUAUAUGGUUACACUGAACUUGUUUUUUCCCCUUAAAUAUUUGAAUUAAGGUCACAGUUAUUCACAAGAAGUAACUAACAACAUCACCUAGUUUUUAAGUUUCACGUUACAGUUUCUUUAAACUUAUCUGUAUCUCCUUUAUACUUUUAUGCUGACUUAAACUAGUGUCAGGAAGUUUUCUGUAGUCAUAAUGAUUUACUUUAAGUGUGUAUAUGUUGUCUAAUGUGCAUAGAAAAAUAAAAAUUGCUCUUGCUUUCCAGAAGAAUCUGUUACAUCAUUAAAAUAAUUUCCUUGUUAAUGUGCAAAUAUCAAAUUAUUUCUCUAUAGAAAAUUUCAGUAAACACAUCACAUGUAUAAUCCCCUUCACUUUGCUAGUGAAAGCUAGAAAGACUAGAAGUAAGUAAAGUACAAAAAUCUUGUAUUCUUUGCGAGUUUCCUUGAAGGCAUGUGUAAAUGAAAUCAAGUAUAUUAAGAACUUAAAGAAAAGUGAGAUGGAAAAUGAAAAGUAUACCAAUACUGCUGAAGCUAAACUUGACAGGCUGAUUAUUCAAGACAAACUAAACACAGCAAAUUUGUUUAAGUUUAGGAUUUAUUGAGAUCUUAUUAAUAUCAUUACUUUACUUUUAGCUAUGUUGUGUUUUUAGAUAUCUUUAAUGACUGAAAAAUUAUAACUUUAACCUCAUUGAGAAUCUUUGCAGUUGUGAUAUCUAAGGCAAAAAGUGAGCUUAAAAUAUUUUUGAGAUCAAAAUAUUAAAGGAAUGAUUUUAUAGUGAGAAGUGUACUACAUGAAUGAAUGUAUGAUAACCUGACUGUUUUCAGUAUUUUAUUAAGAGCAUGAAUGAAAAUUGAACAAGUUCUGGACUGUUGUUAUUGGAUUGAACAUUAUUCAUAUUUGAAUCUUAUACACAGUUUGUCUUUAUCUUUUCUGAGUUUGUUUCAGUUUUUUUAUUGGCAUUAAAGUCCUCAAGUUGUGGUAUGUUUUGUAUGAUAGAAAUUCCCUCAUUUCAAAGAUUGAUAUGAUAUAAUCAGAUUUCUUUUUAUUUCCAUUAAUAUUUUGUCCUUGUGUAGAAUUAUUUGAUUUCUGAGUUUAAAAAGAAAAAAAAAGAAAGUUAAAACCAACUGAAACUGAGAGAAACAAGUUUUAAAAGUUAUCGUACUCCUCUAUAAUACCUUUUUCAUGUAUGCAGAUUGACUUAUUUUCUGAUUCCAGUUUACAUACUUAUGUCAUAAUUAAUGUAAAGUUCACUUUGAGAUAUUUUGAAGUAAUGCUUUUUUUCUAAAGAUGGAUGCUUGUCAUUGAUAAAUUGUAUUGUUCAAAUGUGAUUUGUGGAAGUGUUGGACUGUGAAUGAACUUAUGAUGUUAUGUACAAUUUAUAGUUGUAACAUUUAAAGCUUCGGCCAUCAAAACAAAAGAAAUUUCAUGCCUAUAACUAUAAUGAGAUGGUUAGGCCUAAAAAUGAAUAGCUGUUUACUGUUGUGUCAAUUGUGCACUUAUGUUAUAUUUGCUAAGGUUUUUAUCUUAUUGGUACCAUAUAAUUUGGCUAUAAUUUUACUGUGUGUUAUCAGUUUCUUAUAACUAAAAUUUGCUAAAUAUAUUAAGAGAACAUUAUGUGCAAAAUUUAUUUUAUUGCUAAAGAAAGAAUGAAGUCCUUUCACUUUGUUAAAAGUAUAAAUGAAUGAAUAAUGGAAUUAAAAAAAAAAGGAAUUAACUAAUGUGUAUGCUUGUAUCAUAUUGAAUGCUCGUUGAAUUGUACCUGCUCUUGGGAAAAAAAAAAAAUUUUUUAAAGUUUUAUUUUGUAAUGUGAGAAAAACCUUUUUUUUUUUGAUGGAAGGUGGUUAUGUAAAAAUCUAAAGUUCUUACAACAAAAGUGUAUAUUUGUUCACAAGUUUUAUUGAAUGAAAGGAUGUAGUACAGCUUUUCAUUGUUUUUUUCUUCAAAUCCUGAUUGAUAUGAUUAUUGUGAAAAUGAUUGUAAAAUUUCAUUACUAGUCCUAAUUGGAUACCCAAAACAAAGAUUGGUGUUCUUGCACUAAAUUCUGUAACUGUUACAAUAGUUUUUUCUCUCUUUCAGACAUCUUGGAAUAUAGCAUACAUAAGUCUAAAUCCACAGUUGCAAUCUUACUGCUAGUUAUUGAAAUUAGAAGAUAUAACUAGAGAUAUCAAAUAGAAACCAAUAGGUUGAUUAGUAUUUUAUUAGUUGUUCAACAUUGAUGAUUAAAAAAAGAAAUUAUUGUCUUUUCUUUGGUACUAUUUUACUGUAGUUAGUGCUCAAACAUUUGAUGAAUAAUUACUACUUAUUGGCAAAAAUUAUAAAACCAAAUUUUCACUUAACUGGCCAUUUCCUGAAAAGUACAAAAAAGGGUACAUAUGUGCAGAAUUGUUUUAAGGAAUAUUUUUACACCUCACUGUUGUAUGGUAAAUUUGCCUUAAUGUCUGCAGUGUAUAGAUUAAAUAGACAAAUAUAGAAUUUUGAAAGUGUUUGUAAACUGCAUAAAUAACUGGAAAGUUAUUCAGGAUACUUCUUUGCUUUCAGUAUUUCAGAAAUAUUCUCUCUUUCAUUUGUUACAAAACUGUUAGAAAUGGGCCAAAAUUUUAUUGAAGUUUAAUGUGGUUAUUUUUCAAAAGCUUAUUUCUUAUCGGAGUCAAUCUAAUUGUUAAGCUUUAACCUUACUGACUGUUUUGUUGAGAAAUGUGACCAUGUGAUGUUGUUUCUACCAUAAGUUAUUGUCAGGUGGAAGAUACCAGUUUGUUUUCUUGCUUGUUUGAAGAUUUUUGUGUAUUGCAUGUCUUUAAUUGCUUAUGCCGGUAUCGGAAGAGGCAAAGGAGUGUACUGUUAUACAGAAAAGUGGUAUAAAGAUUCUAAAAGGAACAUUGAUCAGAAAGUGAGGUUAUGACACAGAUGUGAUUACAAUACCAUGUUUGUCUGUAUGUUGUAUGUAUUUUACCUAAGUGUGCACUUUUUGAUAUGUAAUACUAUAUUGUUACCGUGUUUGUAAGGCAUCUUUAGAAAAGAAAAAAACAAAACAAAAUCAUACAGUAAUACCAAGUCUGUGUAUUUGACUAAGUGCUAAGAACUGUGGAGAUUGAUAUUAUGGUUUAAAUGAAACAAGGUAUAAUAGAUUUAUUUAUGACUACCUUUAUGAAAAUAAAUAUUUAGGAAUUCAUCUGUUUGAACUAGCUAUUCUGACUUUGUGUGUAUAGGGUGGACUUGAAGUUAGUUAACAUAUUGUACCUGGACACUGAAAUUGGUUUGAAUGGGCUUGUUACUCAAUGUCAACCUGAUAUACAGUUGGAAUAUUUCUUAUUAAAUAAUGUAUGUCAGUUGAUGUAAUUACUGAAAGUGAUUUUGUUCUGAUAAGAUUAGUAAAUUUAAGCUAUCUAAUUCCUUUCUCACCCUGCAGUAGUGAUUCUAUUAAUAUACAUAUAAUAUCAGUACUGCAGUAAUGAUAACAAACAUAUGUCAAAUUGUGUUAUACUUUUUUCUUUUCACUUGUACUGUGAAUAUAUUUGUAAGGCAAGUCAGUGAACCAAUACACAUCAUUUUCUGUAACAUCUCAGUUCUUUCAUGGUAUGAUAGAUGUUAGAUGAUGGUAAAAAUGCUUUGAUCUAGCUGUUUCAACUUGCUCUAAGUUAAGAGUGUUUGUGUUACUUUGCAUGUUUUUAGAAUAAUGAUCUUUACCUUUUGGGAAUAAAAUGUAGCUGUCAGUUGCUGCAUGAUUUAACUUUGAUUCUUGCUUGGCUGAAAAGGUUUAUUGUUUUGAAAGUAUGAGUUGUUCAAAUGUGGCAGACAGUUAAGGGUUUGACCUAAGAAGUGAAAUAAUCAAAUACAGUUUUAACUGGUAUAUACAUUAGUAUAUUCUUACAAUUUGUGAAUUAUUUAAAUUCACACUCGGGCUAAUCCCUUACUGUCUUGCUCUAAGAAAGCCAUUUAAAAAUUUUGACAGAGUGACAACAUGUAAUUAAAGUAUUAUUGGGGGUGUGCUUGAGGGUGUCAACAUGUUAUGCUGUAAUAUACGUGGCCACUUGCAACAUUUGAAUGCCAUAAAAUUUGAGUGUUAUGAAUGUGUGUAUUUACUUUUAAAGUAUUCAAUAAAAGUGACUGUUCUGCAUAUGAA